GAGAGAGUGAGCGCGCGCUGCGUGGACGCGACGGAGCGUGGAUAUAAACACUAGCUGUUGUUUUGUGAUGCGAGACAGUAAGAUUUUUGACGGUUUUAAGUUCACGAACAACAUUAGAGACGAACGAUGGAGGAAAAGCUGCCCGAAGAUCUGGCGAAUCUCUCCGAGCUGGACGAGAAACGUUUGCUGGAGGUUUUGACUGGACGCUUCACACAGAACCUCAUCUAUACCUAUAUAGGAGACAUCUUGGUGGCUAUUAACCCAUUUAAAUAUCUUUCAAUCUAUGAGAAAGAGGUAUCUGAGCGUUAUAAGUGCCAUGAGAAGAAGUCUUUGCCCCCUCAUAUAUUUGCUGUGGCGGACCGGGCCUAUCAGUCCAUGCUGGGACGCCUGGCCACGGGACCCAAGAACCAGUGCAUCGUGAUCAGUGGUGAGAGCGGCGCGGGUAAAACCGAGAGCACCAAACUGCUGCUGAGACACAUCAUGGAGCUGUGCAAGGCCAACUCCCAGCUAGAGCAGCAGAUCCUGCAGGUGAAUCCACUUCUCGAGGCCUUUGGAAACGCUCAGACGGUCAUGAAUGACAACAGCAGUCGUUUCGGGAAAUACAUCCAGCUCCGCUUCCAGAACUCUUCAGUCAAAGGGGCAAAAAUCAAUGAGUACCUCCUGGAGAAAUCCCGUGUGGUUCAUCAGGAUGAGGGAGAGCAGAACUUCCACAUCUUCUACUUCAUGUUGGCUGGCAUCUCGAUGGAGGAUAAAGAGAUAUACGGCCUCCUGGACCCCACGCACUACCGUUAUUUGAAUGGCAGGUUUGGGCAGGAAGACGUGGUUCAGGCCUGGCGUGUGAAAUAUGCUGAAGUGUGUAACGCCAUGGACAUGGUGGGAUUUGAGGAGCAGGUAAGAACAAAGCCUUGCUUGUCAGGCUUCAGCAUGGUGGACUGGAGAGUAGUGGAGAUCAGGAAGAUGGACAGGAAGAUGAGGAAAUUGGUAACGAUGAAUGUCAGCCUUAGCAAAUACAUUGAGCGAGGUAGCGAUAAGCUCAUGAAGAUGGUGAAGAAGCAUGGAGUCAGCAAAAUCAAGUAUUCCCUGAUGAAAACGGCGAAUGAGAUCCGCAAACACUAUGGUCUUCCCAGACAAGAGGAUCAUCCAGAGAGUGCUAAAACUGUGGGUGGAAAGCCGAGCGGGAGUUCUCUGGACGAAGGUCAUAUACUGAGAAAAAAUAUAAAACGAGAUUGGAUCAAGUCUGUGAAGGAGGAGAAGGCUAUCCAUGGGUGUGUUUACCGACUUGACCAUCAGUGCAAACCACCUGGACUCAACAUCCUCAAACAUUUCCACAACAAGAAGGACAAGAUGUGUCUGCUCAUUGACGUGGCAAUACAAACCAUCAGUGCAAACCGCCCGGACAUCAUUGUCCAUAACAAGAAGGACAAGAUGUGUUUGCUCAUUGACGUCACGAUACCAGUAGACCACAAUGUAGUGGAGAAAGAGAACGACAAGCUCAAGUACAAGAGCCUGGGAAUUGACAUCAGCAGAUCCUGGAACACGAGAACACAGAUAGUGCCAGUAGUAAUAGGAGCCCUGGGAUGCAUUAAGAAAGGUUUCCACCGAUAUCUGGAUCAGAUCCCUAUGUGUUUGCUCAUUGACGUCACGAUACCAGUAGACCACAAUGUAGUGGAGAAAGAGAACGACAAGCUCAAGUACAAGAGCCUGGGAAUUGACAUCAGCAGAUCCUGGAACACGAGAACACAGAUAGUGCCAGUAGUAAUAGGAGCCCUGGGAUGCAUUAAGAAAGGUUUCCACCGAUAUCUGGAUCAGAUCCCUGGGAAGCCAAGUGCCUUUGAAGCUCAGAAGAUUGGGCUUUGUGGGACCACUCACAUCCUACGAAAAGGUCAGUUUGGCGUUCAGGAAGAGGAUUUACUGAAGAGUCUCACGUGCACCACAUCAGUGACGCGAGGAGAGGCCAUCCAGCGACUCCACAACCAGCAGCAGGCUGAAGACGCCAGAGACUCCAUCGCUAAAGUGGCCUAUGGUCGUGUGUUCGGAUGGAUCGUCAGUAAAAUCAACGAACUGCUCGCUCCUAAAGUAGACUGUGACGGUCAGUUUGGCGUUCAGGAAGAGGAUUUACUGAAGAGUCUCACGUGCACCACAUCAGUGACGCGAGGAGAGGCCAUCCAGCGACUCCACAACCAGCAGCAGGCUGAAGACGCCAGAGACUCCAUCGCUAAAGUGGCCUAUGGUCGUGUGUUCGGAUGGAUCGUCAGUAAAAUCAACGAACUGCUCGCUCCUAAAGUAGACUGUGACGUAGAGCUCAAUGAAAUCGGAAUCCUUGACAUCUUUGGUUUUGAAAACUUUACUGUGAACCGAUUUGAGCAGCUCUGCAUUAAUCUGGCUAACGAACAGCUCCAGUAUUUCUUCAACCAUCACAUUUUUCUGAUGGAACAGAAAGAAUAUAAAGAGGAAGGCAUCACAUGGGAGACCAUAAGCUUCAAGGACAACAAACCCAUACUGGACCUGUUCCUCACCAAACCCAUCGGGAUUCUCUCACUGCUGGAUGAGCAGAGUGCCUUCCCUCAGGCCACUGACCGAGAUUUUGUUGACAAGUUAAACAGCAAAUUUAAAACGGCUCCAAACUUUGAGGUUGUGCGAAACCACACCCCUCUAUUCACUAUUGUGCACUACGCUGGGAAGGUGCAGUACAAUGCAAGUGGAUUUCUUGAGAAAAACAGAGACACGAUACCAGCCAACAUUCGUGAGCUGUUCAUCAACAGCGUCACUCCUCUCCUCAGCGUUCUGUUCGCAGCCACAAUUUCCCGAACAGGCACACUAAUGCCACGAAAAGCCAAGUUACAAGUUGCAGAUGACAACUUUAACUCAACCAGGAAGCAGUCCGUCGGCGCACAAUUCAAGCAUUCUCUGGCUGUCCUCAUGGAGAAGAUGUUUGCGGCCGGUCCGCACUUUGUUCGGUGCAUCAAACCCAACCGAAGCAAGCAGCCAGAUCAGCUGGACAGUAAACUAGUGAUGGAUCAGCUGAGAUACAACGGCCUGAUGGAAACCAUCCGAAUCCGGCGGGACGGUUUCUCGUGGCGUCCGGCGUUCAAGGAGUUUGCCGAGAGGUACAACAUUCUGCUGCUGAAACCGGAUCUCCCGCUGGACAAAAGCAGUUGCGUGUCGAUCCUGAACAGCACUGAACUCUCUGGUUGGAAGUGCGGAUCGUGCCGGUUGUUUUUUAAGUACUGGCACCAGGAGGAGUUGGCCCGUCUGCUGGAGAGACUGGGACGAGCGGCGCUUGUCAUUCAGAAGAAUUACCGCGCUCGGAUCUGCCGGAGGAGGUAUCGGUCUCUGCUGGCGGAGAUAAGGCGGCAGCGGCAGCGGCAGGCCCGGGAGAGAGAGGAGCGUGGUGAGGAGGAGGAGGAGGAGGAGAGGAGGAGACAGAAGCUGGAGGACGAGAGGAAGAGGCGUCUGGAGCUGGAGCAGGAGAACCUGCGACCUGCGUCUCCACCGGUGCCCCUGCCGAGGCAGAAGACGCCAGAGCCCAGGCCGCGCUCAGUGCUGAGCACCGUCCCGAAAGCAGUGCAUCUGGUGCCUGUACCGCGGCCCCGCAGCAAGCUGUUUGAGGCGACUCCGUUUGAUAACGAGCUGAAUGAGAACGUUCACCUGGAUGCUUCUCUGAUGCUUCAGCCGAUCGAUGAAGAGCGAAUGAAAGAGAAACACCUGAAGAAGACCAACACCAUCCGCUGGUUCAGAGAGACGCAGGUGCGUAAGCUGACCAGAGACGGCGGCUUCCCCAGCUGGUUCCACGGCAUGAUCACGCGCAGACAAGCAGAAGAUCUCCUGAUCGACAAACCUCUCGGCUGCUUCUUGGUGCGUGUGGGUCAGAGCCGGGAGGGUUACACGCUGACCUUCAGGGGUGCUGAUCGCUGUCGUCACUAUAUGGUGGAGAUGCAGAGCAAUGGGAAGUAUGUGAUUCUCGGGGAGGAUCGGGCUCAUUCCUCUCUCACAGAUCUGGUCCAGUAUCACACUCAGGUGGGCAUCAAGCCCUUCAUGGAGCUGCUGACGCUGCCCUGUGGUCAGAUGUGUGAUCAGGAGCCCGACUAUGAGGAGCUCAAAGCGUUUAUAUCAUCAUCAUCGGCGGCAGUGGAGCAUCCCGCUGAGGAUCAGGACAUGGACACAGGUUCACAUAAAGUGCAUUUACAGAUGCAGCGGCUCUUCCUGCCACCAGGAGGAAGCUCAAACCCAGAGUCCCACAAACCGCCGGUGCUCAAGCGCAUCUCUGACCGCCGCAGACGAGUCGAAGCUGCUCAGAUGGAGCACAAGGACGACGAUCCGACCAGAGAGAGCAGACCGUUCCCGCGACUCUACCCCUCCAUACGACUGGCCAUGAGAGAAAUCCAGCAGAUCCAACAGCACUUCCAGCAGAGCCAAGAUCAGAUCCAAGUCUCCUCCGGCAAAGCCUUGAGCUCGUGGAAGAGGACGGAUGCGUAA